AUGAAAGUUGGAUUGUUGAAAAAUUUUUUGCAUUGUUUCAAUUUGAAACAAGGUACUUUAUUAAUUGCCAUCUUACAACUGUUCAUAUCAGGAAUUAUUAUGACUUUCUUCCUGUUGGCUUUGGCACACGCAAUGGACAUACAAGAAAUGGUUGCCAGAGACUCUGAAGAAGCACUUGAACGUGAAGCUAUGGAAGCUAUUUCAUCAAUGCAUCAAAAUACCAAAAGAAUGGACAUUGCCCAUCAUAAUGCAACAGAAAAAGUUUAUUCAAUGUAUUGUGGAUUAGUCAUCUCAGUGAUACAUUUUAUAUCAACAAUAUUGCUCCUCUAUGGAAUUUUAAUCAACAAUCGUCAUUUUAUGGCACCUUGGAUGAUGGUAAUGAUGACAACAAUCGUUGCUCUAUUCUUAUCAUUAUUCCUUGUACAACAAGACUGUCCUUUUAUUGCAAUACUCGGUGGUAAAGCUGAUAUGACUGAACGAAUCGUCGUUCUAUUUUUAAUAGCAAUAUGUUUAUAUAUAUGGUUUGUCGUAUACAGUACAUACAAGAGUUUAGAAAUCAAAAAAGGAGGAAUUACACAUGAAAUUCAUAAUGUUAAGAAAAGUAAAUAUGCAUUAACACCUGGUGAAGGUACAAGUAAUGGAAAAGUACGCUUACAUUCUGGUACUCAAAUUCCCUAUGAAGUUUAA